CUCAGCUUGGGAAGAGAUUGUCUCCUGCGAGGGUGGCGAGGCACAGGUCCCGCAGGGAAGCUGCGGCCGCCCCCUCCCCGGCGGCGUCCCAGGCCCGGCCGGGGCUCGGAGCAGCCUGACGCAGCGGGAGGUGCCGCCGGGGCAGGAACUGCGGGGCGAGAAGGCCACGAGCCCCUCGGCGGCCCCGCGGCCCCGCCCCCGGCGGCACCUGCCGCGCGUCCCGCCCUCGCGGCGAGGCCGUUGUAAGGGGCUGUGGGCGAGCGAACCCCGCCGUGAUGGCGGCCCGGAGUGAGUCCAGGCAGUGGCGGCAGGAGGUCACGCAGGAGGUGCUGGUGUGGGAGCUGCGGACCAAGGUGCUGAAGUACCAGACUCAGUCUCGAGUGUUGGAGGAGCAUCUGCAAGCAGCAGGGGAAUCCUUUUCAGGCACGUGGGAUGGAGCCACAGAAGACCCUGGCCUUAAGAAAGCACUUCUUCUUUUGGAAGAGGAGCAGCGAAGAUGUGAGUACCUGAGAGAAGAGAACGCUUUCCUGCAGGAGCACCUUCGUAAAGCUAAUGAGGUUAAUUUAGCCCUUAAAGAAGAAGUUGGAAAACUGACAGUGGAUAGCAUGAAGGCCUGGGAGGAGCUGCCAUCGAAGGAGCGUGAUUGGUACCGUGAAUUGGAGGCCCUAGAAGAAGAGCUUUCUGCCAAGCAGGACUCUCUCAAUUUCUUGCAGCAGCAGCAGCACAGGCAGGAGGAAGAGAAGUGCAGGAAGCUGCAGCAAAGAGUUGAGGAAUUGGAGGUGGAAUGCAAGAUGUCCAGCAUCCAACAACAGCACCUCCAGUCUCUGGUAGAAGCGCUCAGAAGUCACUGUAUCAAACUUGAGAAGAGCAGGGAAGAGCUACAGCAACAGCGUGAAGUAAUGGAGCAAGAAGCCUCACGUCUGCAUCAAAGUAACGUGGAACUGCAGCUGAAGGAAGACUUAGGCAAGAGGGAGCAGCAAGAAGCAAUGGAGAGAGCACGUUGUGACCAAGAGUUACUCCUGAAGGAGUUGGGUGCAUUUAAAAGAAAAGAUGCCUUUCUACAGAGCAAGUUGGUAGCUAUGAGAGAAGAACUGGAGGAAUUGCACCUUCAGAGGGGUCUGCUGCAGCAAGAGAAACAUGAGCUUGCCAUAGCACUGGAGAAGGCAGAGCAGUCAGUGGCAGAGUUGACAGGGGCUCAGAAUAAGCUGAGUGCUGAAGUAGCUGAUCUACGUGCUGCAACAGCCAACAUGAGCAGUGUCAAUGAAGCUCUUGCAUCAGAUAAAGUGCAGCUGAACAAGCUUGUGCUGCAGCUGGAGCAAGAGAAUGAAGCUUUGUCAAGAAAAGUGGAUGAGGUGGAGAGAAGAAAGGUCUCUGAUCAGGAGAAGCUGCAAUUGUGUGAAAGAAUGAAUGAAGAGCUCUCUGCAGAGAAAGCCCACCUGGAGCAGCUGCUGAAGAAAGCAGAGGAGCAAGAGAAGGGGCUGCAGGUCGAACUGACAGCACUGAGGAAGGAGAAGGAAGAGCAACUCCAAGUCUCCCAGCAGCCACAGGAGUUGGUGAGCAAUGGGCUGGAGGAGCUGCGACAGGAGUCCUCUCGCCAAGCACACGCCCUGGCCAAGAUGUCCAGAGAGAAGGAAUUGCUGGUGCAGGAGAAGACUGACCUUGAGGUGCGACUGAGAGCCACAGAGUGGGACAGACAAAGCCUUUCAGAGCAGCUGGCAGAGGCCAGGUCAGGGAAGGAGAUUCUGGAAUCCAGCCUGUUUGAGGCUCAGCAGCACUUAUCUCGGCUGGAGAUCACCAGGAGUGAGCUUGAAAUCCGACUUGAUGCAGUCAUGCAGACCAAGGAAGUGAUGCGGGGGGAAUUGAAGUGCCUUCAGUCUGAGCUGGAAAGAGAGAGAUCUCUCCUGAGGCAAAAACGGGAAAUCGCGGCACAGCAGCUCUUACUGACAGAACAGCAGUGUGAGAAUGCCUUCAAACUUCAGGAAGGUACCCGUGAAGCGGAAAUAAGCAAGCCCCUGCGAGACCUGGCAAGCGAACGGAAAGAGGUACAAGAGAUGCUGAAGAAAUGUGAAAAAGAGAAGGCAGAGAGAGAAGAGCAGCACGAGAAGGAGCUGUUAGAUAUGAAGCAGAAGGUUGCUGCCAUGCAAGCUCAACAAGAAGAGGAGCGAGACAGAGCUGAAAAUGCCAAGCAAGAGGAGGCUAUUGCCGAAGGGGAGCAGCAAUCCUGGCUCUCAGAGAAGAGAUUCUUCUUGCAGCAGCUGGAAUGUCUGCAGAGAAUUAUUGCCAGCCUGGAAAAAGAGAAGAGGAAGUUGAAGGAAUUCAACGCUGACUUGAGUAGGACGCUUAAGCAGGUGGAAUGCGAACGCAGGAAACUGAAGAGAUACUUCAAGCAGCAGUCACUGCAGAUGCAGAGCUGAGCUGAGGACCUGCCGUAGCAGGGGAACCGUGGCCAUGGGCUUGGCUCAAGGCUUGCCUGCACUGCAGCGUCAGUGAUGCUGUCAUCAUUGAGGGCGGUGUGAUUUUGUGUAUUUAUAUAUAUAUACUGUUAAUAUUAUUUUCCUAUUUCAUGAAGUAAUAAUAGUAAAGCUGGUUUAGUUUUCGAUUCCAACUCACAAGUCUCCCUUCUCUCCCUUUGCCAGGGGCUGGAGCGGGAGGUGAGGGAGGGUGGAGUUGGGGUCAUAACCGCUGCUGUUUAGCUGCUGAAGAGACCGGGAAGGGGGUCCCCUCCUUUUCCAAA